GCAGGACUGUGACCGGCUUCCCCUCUGCAUUUCCUCCUUCUGACAGUGACCAUGGCGCCGGUGUACAGCAAGUACCUGACCGUUCGCAACUCGUCGGCGGCCGGGGCGGCGCUUGUCCUCCUUUACCUGCUGAGCAAGCGGAGAGCGGCAAGCAGGAAGAAAAGCCACAAGACACCACAGAAUAAUGAGAAAGAUGGAAAAAAGGAAAAAGCCGUGGUGGACAAAGUUUUCUUUGGAAGGAUUGGAAGCAUCCUAAGAAUAUUAGUUCCCAAAACCAUCAGUAAAGAGAGCGGUUAUCUUGCACUUAUAGCUGUAAUGUUGAUUGCUCGGACGUACUGUGAUGUUUGGAUGAUUCAGAAUGGAACUUCAAUUGAAAGUGGAAUCAUAAGCAGAAAUAAAUCUCUAUUUAUGAAGCACUUUUUGCAAUAUAUUUAUGCCAUCCCACUGAUCUCGUUAGUGAAUAACUUCUUGAAGUUUGGUCUCAACGAGCUGAAAUUGUGUUUCAGGGAAAGACUAACAAAGUACCUGUAUGACGAAUACCUGAAAUCUUUUACAUAUUAUAAAAUGGGGAAUUUAGACAACCGAAUUGCAAAUGCAGAUCAACUUCUUACUCAAGAUGUUGAGAAGUUUUGCAACAGCGUCGUGGAUUUGUAUUCUAACCUGAGCAAGCCAUUUUUGGACAUUGUCUUAUACAUCUUCAAGCUGACAAGUGCCAUUGGAGCUCAGGGUCCAGCUAGCAUGAUGGGCUAUUUGCUUAUCUCAGGCCUUUUCCUUACACGACUCAGGAGGCCUAUUGGUAAGAUGACGGUCGCCGAGCAGAGGUAUGAAGGAGAAUACAGAUACGUCAACUCGCGACUUAUUACCAACAGUGAGGAAAUUGCAUUUUACAAUGGAAAUAAAAGGGAAAAGCUAACUAUUUACUCUGCAUUUAGCAAACUGGUGGAGCACUUGCAUAACUUCAUUUUGUUCCGUUUCUCCAUGGGCUUUGUAGAUAGCAUUAUUGCCAAAUAUCUUGCUACUGUGGUCGGUUACCUGGUUGUCAGCCGUCCGUUCCUCACUGUGAAUCACCCACGGCAUCUGAACAGCACACAUGCAGAACUCUUGGAGGAUUACUACCAAAGUGGACGAAUGUUGCUGAGGAUGUCACAGGCUCUGGGUAGAAUUGUACUGGCUGGCAGAGAAAUGACAAGAUUAGCCGGUUUCACAGCCAGGAUUACAGAAUUAAUGCAAGUGCUAAAGGAUUUGAAUAAUGGGAAAUAUGAGCGGACUAUGGUUUCUCAAGACAAAGAAAUAGAAGCCGCACUGAGCAGUCCCUUGAUACCUGGAAGUGGAAAAAUUAUCAAUGCUGAUCACAUAAUUAAGUUUGAUCAUGUUCCCCUAGCAACGCCAAAUGGAGAUGUUCUCAUUAAAGACCUCAAUUUUGAGGUAAGGUCUGGUGCAAACGUUCUUAUCUGUGGGCCAAAUGGAUGCGGAAAGAGUUCCCUUUUCCGCGUCUUGGGAGAGUUAUGGCCCCUCUUUGGUGGGUCGCUAACGAAACCUGAAAGAGGAAAACUGUUUUACGUACCGCAGAGACCCUAUAUGACACUGGGAACAUUACGAGACCAAGUCAUCUAUCCUGACACACAAGAGGACCAGAAACGCAAAGGAAUACCUGAUAAGGUACUAAAGGAUUACCUUGACAAUGUCCAGCUUGGUCAGAUUCUGGAUCGAGAAGGAGGCUGGGAUAGUGUCCAGGAUUGGAUGGAUGUACUCAGCGGUGGAGAAAAACAGAGGAUGGCGAUGGCAAGGUUGUUUUACCACAAGCCGCAGUUUGCUAUUUUGGAUGAGUGCACAAGUGCGGUUAGUGUGGAUGUCGAAGGGUUCAUUUACAGCCAUUGUAGGAAGGUUGGAAUAACGCUGUUUACAGUCUCCCACAGAAAAUCCCUUUGGAAGCACCAUGAGUGGAAUGUGCACAAUGUCUGUGCAUGCCCCAUGCAACAGCAUUCAAACCCCACGACUGCACCGUAUGUGAAUGAGACAUUGCUGACACCGUACAAGGCGCCACUUACUCUCUGA